CUUGACUGAUCAUGGGGAAGAGCCGGUCUCGAAGGUUUAAGCCGGUGGUGUAUGCUCCUACCGCAGCUGUCAAACAGGAGACAGAUCCCGAAGAUCCGGCGGAGGGGGAGUCACUACAUGCCGAAGACCUUCUGCACAAAUUGCAGAGCCCCUGUCCGGAGGUCAGGGAAUUUGCUUGUGCCAACAUCUCCAAGCUUGUCCAGCAAAGACAAGUCAUCCCUUCUUUUCUACAGAAAGAUGCAGUUAGAUGCCUUGGACCAUUGUUACUUGAUAAAUGUAUGGCGGUGCGUGAAACAGCAGCUGGGGCCCUACGGAACUUAAGCACAUGUGGAGGCUUUGAAGUAUGUGAUGACAUGGUGACCAGAGAUAUCAUGACCCCGUUAGUGGCUCUAUUAAGAGAGUGUUCCCCUGGUUUAGAUUCUAACCUGGAGCCAUCAAUGAACGGCAAAGACUUACCAAAGAACUAUGCUGAAGAUAUUGCAAACCAGGCUAUUAAUGUUCUGUGGAAUAUGUGUGAAAGCAAUAGUAAAGCCCUAUCCGUCUUUAACAAGGAAAACUGUGUGGAUAUUGUUAUCCAGUGCCUAAACAAGUUCCCAACAAACCUGGAGCUAGCAAUUUCUGCAGCCUACUGUCUGCAGACAGUCACUGAAGAUAAUUCCGAUUUGUUGGCCUCUUUGGAUGCUGCCUACCUGCAGACACUGGAAUCUGUGCUUGGAAAUACUGCAACUACAAUGGAGAUGCAACUUUUAAAAACGUUGGUUGCAGGUACUGUUUGGAACUUAAAAGAAAGGAUCCCUCCCCGCAGCCAGGCCGACUCUAUAAAUGCUAUAUUGAGGAUACUGUCAGAAGUGCUGUCUCUGGAUGCUGGGAAAUUCAUUGUUAAGAUGAAAGAAGUUGAAUCGCUGCAUUUGAAAGCAGCAGAGUCAGAGGUUGAAGCACAAGAAGCUGCAGCAAACCUUGAAGAAAUCUCCUUGAAUGAAGAUGGUGUGAAUAAAGGCACCGGUCGUGCAGAUUUUUCUGACUUGAAUCCAGUGUCCAAUAAUGAGCUCAAGCAAGCUUCUUGUUUGUUGGUGGCUCAGAAAUCUGCGCUGGAAAUGAUUGUUAACAUGUGCUGCAGUAAUGAUCCAUCUGAUGAUGAAUGGGAAGAGCUCUCUAGCAGUGAUGAGAGUGACUUGGGCUUGGAGAAAUCUGUGGCCGAUGGAGGCCAGCUUCUUACUCCACUGUGCUUGUCUGCUGAAGUGCACUCGGCUCUCCUUGGUCACUUCAUACCGAAAAAGGUUUUUGAAAAGACUUGGUUUCCUGAUGGUAACGCACUACAGAUCUGUUCACAGAAUGCAACAUGGAAGCCAUUAAUUACAAAGAUGUAUACUGUACAGUGCCGGGCUCUGACUAGUUUGCAUAACAUGUUGUCAGCGUUGGACAUAGAGAGUCUUGGAGGAGCUUCUGCAUUACAGGAACUUUCUAAGCACCUCUCACAAUUGGUCUUCACACAAACUGAUAUUCCAAAACGGGAUGAAUUUUUAGAAGCUGCAAGCAGUGCAUUGCGAGCACUACUAGAAACAAUGGCCUCUAAAGGAAUACCACAGUGUAUGACCCCAGAACAAGUCAUGAGCUUUGGUGAAGGUUGUGUCUCCAGCAAUAACAGCAGUACAAGGGUGAAUGCAGUCAGUAUUAUGGGGAUCACAGGCAGCGUACUGGCUAAGAGUGGAAACACAUCAGAAAAACUGAAGUUGAUAGGAAUCUUCCUUCUUGGAGUUGCCAGUAAUGAUUCUUCUCUGGUGGUUUCUGGAGGAGCACUGGAUGCCAUUUUUGAUGUAUUUGCUGAUGGUGAUGAAGCGGAGAAGGCUGCUGUGGAGAUAAAGUUACUUCAAGCCCUAAAGAAAAUUCAGCCAGCUUUCAAAUCAAAGAUCCGAAAAGAAGGCAGAGAGAAAUACAGUAUAGACCAGUUGUGCGUCCUAGACAAUGUCAGAACGAAUCUCAGACGUUUCAUUUCUUACCAGGAAACUGUAGAGAAAAAACUCUCAAAGGCUAAAUGAAAACAGGUUAUAUUUUCAGGUGAAA